CCAGGUAAGAUGCACCAGGAAGACUUUAGGUUGCGACGAGCCACCAAGGGCUUAGUGCAGUGCCUACUGGAUGGGAAAAGCCCAAUUGCGCAGCAUGUGCGACAUCUCCAGAUUGGCACGCUCCGGCAAGAUGUUUUCGAUUCCAUAAUCGCCCCCGUCCUUGGCAAGGUUCUGGCUCGCUUGAUCAACUUGCAAUCGCUGAGCUGGGACACUAACAUUCCUGUUCCCGAACUCGUCCUCGAUGUUUUCCACACCACCCAUGCAACCGCUCGCCUACAUGUGACGAAUUGCUUGCGAGAAAGGAAACCUCUGGAUCGACUUUUGCUAUCAUCACCGCAACUGCACUCGCUACGGAUGAAUGUUUACUUUGACUUGGUCGGCGUCUGCCCAGUCGUCAAAGGCAGUAGCGAACUCCAGAUACUGAAACGCUGUCUGAUGCAAGGCAGCAGUAUCAAAGUGCUACAUCUGGCUCUCGAGAACGUAGAUAAAUACUUCUACGGGAGCGCCGUCUCUGGCCUCGGCAUCCAGGACUGGGAGAAUGGCCCGUUGAACUUCCAUUGGCAAGAUGGAGAUCGGUUUCCCGCAUUGGAAGAGUGGGGCUGGGGCGGUUCAACACGCUAUGUGUAUUCGGAGCAACAGUUGGACAUGUGGCGCCGGUGCAUGGACUGGACUCAACUUCCCGUCCUGGACUUUGGAGAUCAUCCUCUCACAUCGAUGCUUCCGUUUCUUUCGCUGGCUGGCCAUGUCCCGCGACUCAUUCUCUGGCUGUUUUCAUCUCCGCUGAGAAACAGCACGAUAUGCACGAGCCGACACGGACAAUACCCAUCUUCGAAGAGUUUCUCCGCAGCAUCCCGGCGCUGGAGAAAUUGCGACUCACAUGGGAUUUCAUACCUGAUUGUCUCUCGACGAUAUUGGCAUUGCAAGGCCACAGUCUGCGCGAACUAGACCUUUAUCAUGCCCGUUCAGGAAAUGCGUGGAAUCAACACCGGUACAUCGACAUACUGACGAAAGCGCCGCAACUUCAUCAUCUACGCGUAAGGCAUCUUUCGUCGCAGGGCCCCAUAGUAGAUUUUCAGGGUACAUGGUAUGGUCACGCAAUUGACUCGUCGCCAUCCACCAAGUACACGGCGAUGGAAGAUGUUAGUAUUGAAGAGAGGGCGCAGAGCGAAAGAAAACACGCGGCCAUGAUGGAAUGCAUAAGUAAUCGUUCCAAAGCCCGGGCAUCUGUUGCCGAACGAACGCCAGAGGAAAUAGCCCAGGUAAUGGAGUUGGCGGAGCGAAACCCUCGAGGGGAAUGAGUUUGUUCGGUCCACAUACGCG